AACAAAGAUUUGGAAACAGAGAGGGGUCCGAGAGUGGACUGUCAAAUCUUCAUAUUUAUGCGCAGAGCUUAGUCCGGAGAUUCGAUUCGCAAUUGCCGAUCUUAUCGAGUGCUUCCUCGGCUUCCGCUCUCGCAGGAUACAAUGUUCCAGAUUUUGAAGGACUGGUUCUGAAUUGAUAGAUUUUUUGGUCUCAAAAGAAGAAAGAGUAUAUGGAGGGUGAUGCAUUCUCAGGGCUUGUCAAUGGUACCCAGAUUGAUGGCAAGAUCCUUCAGACAUGCCACAAGAAUUUUGUUCAAGUCCAGAACAUUUUGGAUCAGAAUAGGCUGCUCAUCAAUGAAAUAAACCAGAACCAUGAAUCCAAGAUCCCUGACAAUCUCAGCAGAAAUGUGGGUCUUAUCAGGGAGCUCAACAAUAACAUCAGGAGAGUGGUUGACCUGUAUGCUGACCUAUCCAGUUCCUUCACCAAGUCCAUGGAUGGUUCUUCUGAGGGUGAUUCUAGUGGUGCUUUGAGAUCUGAUGGAAAAGGAGGCCACAAGAGAAACAGGCCUGCAUAGUAAGAAUUUCUGGUUCGUUCUUGAUUCUUUUUCCAUGUUGGCAAGCAAAGUUUUUACAGAUUUGUUGAGGUAGAGUUGAACAUGGUUAGAUUCUGACACCUUUUACAUUUCUUAGAGAAAUAAUCCCUCAAUAUUCCAACCUCAUUGUUAGUUUGUACAACUGUGGAUCUGAUUGAAAUCAAGUAUGUCUGUCUCAUCUGUUCAUUCCAUUCUGCUGCUGUUCUUCAUAAUGACUAAUGGAUAAUAAAAGUUCAAUUUUAUCCUCUUUCA